CCUUCGCCCUCUUCAUCCCUCAACAGCCUUAAUCAUCUCAAUGGUCUCAAGAGCUCCCCAUCCCCCACAGGUGCCCGUCAGCAGCGGCGCAUGACCACCUCUGCUCUCCCUCCCCCGUCCUCCCUCGGCUUGCCAGAGCCUGUCUACGGCCACCCAGGCCAUGUCUCUCCCACUCCUGGCUCUCCUCGUUCAUCCUCACCCCUCCGCAACGAGGUCAGACCAAACAGGGUCCCUCCUCCGUCUGCCGCGAGGCGCAAUUCUGAAGAAAGCCGUUCGGGUUCCGAAGACCCUGACGGUUCUGAUAACGAACUCUACGACAAUCGCCCCAACUGGGCUCGAGGUGCUACCUCCCCUGCUGUUACUCAAUUCGCACAGAACAUCGCCCAGCGCGUUGGCUCCUUCAUGAGCCCUACCUCAUCUAAUCGCGGUCUCCCUUCAGACGCCGAGUUGGAAGCAGAAGCGCUCAAAGAGCGUGAGAGAAGCAGGCGCGAGGCAGAACUGAUUCUGACACGUGAAGCCGACCAUAGGCGCAUGAUGGAAGAGCGCGUGUUCGCAAUGAUGCACGAUUCUCCGAACUCCGACAGCUUCAUGCGUCCGCCCGACCGUUCUCAGACGCUUCCCAAUCCUCCCUCGCCCGCCAACUCCCAGAAAGAGGGCAGCCCCGGCUGGUGGGCCAACGCAAAAUCUCGCUUGACUCCUACCAAAGAAAAGGACGUUACCCCAGCCCAGCAGCUCAUCAAGGAAACCAAGCAACGCGACAAGGUGAAAGAGAAGGAGGCGAAGAAGAAGGGCAAGGAAAGGGAGAGAGACAGGAGUCCCGGCCACCUCAACCUCAGCAUUCCUCAGACGUCCUCACCACGUACAUCGAUGUCUAGCGCAGGCUCCCCCGUCACCCCAUCGCACUCGCCAUCGCGGCCGAACGUGGCUGGGACGGGCAUGAUGACGCCAGUGAAUCUAUCGCCCCGGCCAUCUCCAGCUACCGCCAACGGAUCUCCUAUCUCGCUUCGGCGUUCCCCGGCCCGUGCCGGAACUUCUCCGUCACGGGAGGCUCCACCUCUUUACACCUCCUUCACGUCCAGCGGCACCCUUGAUGUUCCGGGAACCGUUCUUCUCAUCGCGAAGCGAUUCGAGAAGCUCGAGCGAUGGAGCGUUAGCCACGUCCGCGCGCUCGAGGAACGCAUGGGCGACGUCGAGCGAUGGCUCGUUGAGCGCGAGAGCGAGAAGGAAAAGUCCACAGGAGAGGCCAAUGGCACCGACAAGAUCGUCUCCCGCGGCAGGUCGCUCUCCCGCUCUCCUGCGCGCGACUCUGCCCAGCUCAAGGCUCUGCGGGAGGAGAUCACCGAGCUGCAGUCCCGCAUGGGCGAGAUGGGCCGCGAAAUGGCCCGCCUGGCCACUGCGCCCGUCAAUCUGUCGUCUACAUCCGCCGCGCGUGCCACGCCCGUGGCUUCUAGCGCGCCACAGACAGACUCCAAUAUUGUCUCCUCCCACGGCUCUUCCUUCUCGGCUACUGCUGCCACCACCGGCCACGGGGCCACGACCACUGUCAGCACCAACACUGCUAACAGCACCAACGCUGGGGACGUCGCUGCACAUCCGAAGAGCGCCGCCGCCGAGAUUGGCAUGGGCUUCGCCACAGGCGCGUCGACAGGCAACGGAGGCUUCCACAACAACAACAGCACGCCGCGCCGCACGCCCUCGCUCACCGCGCGCGAGUCGACGUCCCCGCCGCUCGCAGCGCGCAUGGGCGCGCCCACCGCACUGGGCAGACACAGCACGGGCACGCGUCUGCCAUACCCGACGGGCGACUACGCGAGCCCCGAGAACAGCGGGAUCAUGUCGCCGCCGCUGGGGAGCAGCCCGCCGGGGAGUCCGCCGCCGUCGACGCGGAGCAGGACGCGGCCGGUGUCGCUGAUCUCGGGUUUGCCGAGCACGACGAGCCCGCUUGAUUUUGGGAGCGGGCAUAGUCCGGUUGGGACGCCUGGGGCGCCGCAGCAGCAGCCGUCGGUGUUUAGUCAGGCGUCGUCGACGACGUCGAUUGCGGCGGUGUCGCCGCUGAGCGCGCCUGUUGACCGCGCUGUUUCUCCGACGGGGCUGCCUGUGCCCCGCCAGGCGGGGCGCCCGCGCACGAGUGUGUCGCCGACUCCGGUGGGCGGGCGCAAGCGGUACACUGUUGCGCUCGGCGGGCCGCUUACGGCGCCGGACAGCAGCGACGACCAUGAUAGCGGCGACGGCGAUGGUUAUGGUGAUGGUGACCGCGACGAUGACCGCGACGCCGACAACGACGCGGGCGGGCAGGCGACGCUGGGCCGUACGGCGGCUAAGCGGGCUGCGCUCGUGUCGAAGAUGUCGUAUCCCGGCAUCGGCUCUAGUGUCAGCAUUAGCGCUAGUGCGAGUGGGACCGGGUCGAAUACGACGUCGAAUGCGGGCUCAGUGGGCUCGAACGGGGGCGGCGGUGCACAUAUCUACAAUAACGGAUCGACGACGAGCGUGAGCAGCACCGCGAGCAACGGCGGGCGCGCCGGGGGCAGCCCGACGAGCCCGACGCGGCGAUCGCCGCCGAAUAGGAAGGCGAGGGCGCAGUCGGUGUAUGGUUCUAUUGGGGACUACAAGACCGAGGCUCCUUCUGGUGGUGGUGCUGGGUCGAAGGUCGGGGCCGGGAACGUUGGUGCUGGUGCCGGUGUAGGCGCGAACGGAAACGGGAGCAAGCAGAAGCUGCGUGCGCAGAGUAUCGAUUUUAGGACGCAGUCGUUGGAUAAUCUGCGGCUGGACACGGGCGAGGGGCGGUUCGUAGAUCCGCUCGUGCUGCGGCGCCAGCAGGAG